GUGUGGUAUAUGUGAAGCCUAACAUCUCGGAAUACACGACAGUGUUUGAUUAGACUAUUUUUUAAGAUGGGUGUUUUUAAAACCUGUAUGGUUUUAUGUUUACUUCUAAUAAGCUGUACCGCAAGACCUGAAGUAUACACUGAGAACCAUCAUUUUGCUAAAAGGGAAGCUCAAGCUGGUUUCGGAAGUGGCUUUGGUUUUGGUAUUGGAGGAGGAUUGGGUGGUGAUGAAGGAGAAGGUCGUGGCAUAGGACUUGGAAAAGGAGGGGGCUUUGGAAGAGGCUUAGGUUUGGGUUUAGGGCUCGGAGGAGGUUCUGGAAAGGGAGGUGGUGAAGGCACGGGUGGAGGAUUUGGUGUUGGAAUAGGCUCAGGUGGUGGUGGAGGAGAGGGAAGAGGAUUCGGAGGUGGCGUUGGAGGAGAUUUUGUUGGUGGUACAGGAUUUGGACAAGGCGUAGGAUUUGGGCAAGGAGAUGGUGAAGGACUUGGUAUUGGAUUAGGUUUAGGUGCUGGCGGCGGUAGAGGAGGAGGAAAAGGAUUUGGAGGUGGAGCUGGUGGUGGUUUUGGUAGUGGAGAAGGAUUCGGUGAAGGCGCAGGAUUUGGACAAGGAGCAGGCAUUGGACAAGGAAUUGGAGGAGGUUCAGGUAGUGGAGAAGGAUUUGGUGAAGGAUUAGGACAAGGAAGUGGUAUUGGAGGAGGAUUUGGAGGAGGUAUAGGAAUCGGCGGAGGAGGUGGAAAAGGAUUUGGAGAAGGAGCAGGAUUAGGGCAAGGAGUUGGAGGAGGUUCAGGUGGUGGAGAAGGAUUUGGUGACGGGGCAGGAUUCGGACAAGGAAGUGGAAAAGGAUUUGGAGAAGGAGCAGGAUUAGGACAAGGAGUUGGAGGAGGUUCAGGUGAUGGAGAAGGAUUUGGUGACGGGACAGGAUUAGGACAAGGAAGUGGAAAAGGAUUUGGAGAUGGAGGAGGAUUAGGACAAGGAGUUGGAGGAGGUUCAGAUGGUGGAGAAGGAUUUGGUGAAGGAACAGGAUUAGGACAAGGAAGUGGUAUUGGAGGAGGAUUAGGAGGAGGUGUAGGUAUUGACGGAGGAGGUGGCAAAGGAUUUGGAGAAGGAGCAGGAUUAGAACAAGGAGUUGGAAGAGGUUCAGGUGGUGGAGAAGGAUUUGGUGAAGGGGCAGGAUUAGGACAAGGAAGUGUUAUUGGAGGAGGAUUGGGAGGAGGUGUAGGAAUUGGCGGAGGAGGUGGAAAAGGAUUUGGAGAAGGAGCAGGAUUAGGACAAGGAGUUGGAGGAGGUUCAGGUGGUGGAGAAGGAUUUGGUGAAGGAGCAGGAUUAGGACAAGGAAGUGGUACUGGAGGAGGAUUGGGAGGAGGUGUAGGAAUUAGCGGGGGAGGUGGAAAAGGAUUUGGUGAAGGCGCAGGAGUAGGGCAAGGCGGUAGAGGAGGCUUAGGUGGUGGAGAAGGAUUUGGUGAAGGAGCAGGAUUAGGACAAGGAAGUGGCGUUGGAGGAGGAUUGGGAGGAGGUGUUGGUAUUGGCGGGGGAGGUGGCAUUGGAGGAGGAUUGGGAAGUGGCGUUGGAAUUGGAGGGGGAGACGGGAAAGGAUUUGGUGAAAGUGCAGGAUUAGAGCAAGGAGAUGGAGGUGGUGCAGGUAGUGGAGAAGGAUUUGGUGAGGGAGCAGGAUUAGGACAAGGAAGUGGCAUUGGAGGAGGAUUGGGAGGUGGCGUAGGAACUGGCGCGGGAGGGGGUAGUGGAGGAGGCUCGGGAAGUGGUAAAGGAGUAGCAGGUGGAGAAGGAGGGGGUUCAGGAAUUGGAGGAGGAUUUGGCGAAGGUAGUGGAUUUGGAGAAGGAAAUGGAGUUGGAGGAGGAUUAGAUGUCGGAACAGGAAUUGGUGAAGGCAUUGGAGGUGGACAAGGAGGUGGUUCAGGUAGUGGGGGAGGAUUUGGAAAAGGAGGUGGCAUUGGUGAAGGAUUGGGUGGUGGUUCAGGCAGCGGAUUUGGACAAGGAGGUGGAUUUGGAGGAGGUUCCGGAGGUGGUCAAGGAGCAGGAUUUGGACAAGGAGUUGGUUCUGGAGGAGUAUCCGGUAUAGGUUUAGGCUCUGGAUUUGGAAUAGGCGCUGGUGCCGCUAAAGGUGGUGGCUUCGGAUUGGGCUCCGGAUUAGGCCUAGGAAUUGGAGGAGGGAAAGGAGGAGGUUUGGACUUGGGCAAUGGAUUGGGUCUAGGAAUAGGAGCAGGAAGUGGAUUUGGAGGAGGGUCGGGCGGAGGAUCUGGGUUUGGAUCAGGCUUAGGUAUUGGUGUUGGAGAAGGAAGAGGUUUUGGAGGAGGAAAAGGAGUUGGAAUUGGUGGAGGAGGAGGAUCUGGAAUAGGAGGAGGCUUUGGAAUCGGAAUAGGCGGAGGUGGAUUUGGCAUCAAGGCUUAAAUGGUUGAUAGAAAUCCAAAUAAGAUUAUCAUGUAAAUAAACCGUAAUAAUAAAUUAUUGUUAUCUAA